CGUCGGAAUCUCUCUGCACAGCAGAUGCCUUUUCACAAGAGACUCUUAGCUGAUUCACACUCUUCAGCCUCCUUCGAUUAGCAGCAUCAAGCAGCAUCCCUUGGGGAUAAUAGCACUGGCCGUCGGAGGAGAGGGCGGAGACUGGGCGACUGCCCUGCUGGUGAGUUAGCGCAGGCCAGCUGCAGCAAGCGGCGGCGUGAGGAUCCCUUAACAAUGAAGGGCAGGAAGCCCCCAGAUCUCAGAGCAACAGAACUUGCCCGUUGUUUCUGAUCAGAGUUAAACUCAUUCUCACGGGGAUCGUGCCUGGAAGCGAAGAGCGAGAAGUUGGUAUUUCCUUUCCCUGCUGAGAUGCGGGGGAAAGCGGGUUAAGAGAAGGCGCCGGCAUUUGCGCGAAGGGUAUGCCGGUGCCUCCUUUUUUUCUCCCCAAGCUGGUCUGUUCCUGCUCGCCUCCCCUGGAUCUGAGGCACUGCCGUUUGGAACAUUUGGAAGAUGUGAGCCUGUGAGUCGGAGUGAUUGGAGUGAGCUGCUGCCCUCGGGUAACGAGGCGGGAGGCUGCUAUGGGAGAGCGAAGGUGGCUAAACUCCGCAGGGGAGACGAGAAGGGGCAGCAGGAGGUCAACGCACCAUGCCUUGAAGAGAAGAGACUUUCUCCAGAGCCCAGGAGGAUACUCGCCGCUGCCUCCCGCCACUUCCUCUGAGGAGCAACGCCGAGAAAGCCCCUCUUCCUAAUCCGUGGCGCUCGCUGUUUGAAGGAAUCGACAGGAACCCUGGAGGGAACAGGUGCCGACAGCCUCCUCCCGCGCGCAUGCAGCGGCCCCCUUUCUGGCUAGGACUUCACCUCACGAAAGGAUCCUGCCGAGGGGCAAGGAGUCGACGAGGAGUCUCUAAAUUGAGGGCAAACGGGACGGAGACGACAAGGACGGGGGGGCGGGGCGAACCUGUGUAAUUUCCCCUUCUCUUUUCACUUCCCAGCCUACUCAAGGGAAUUAUCUGCCUGUUGGGAAGUCGCGACGGGCGGUGGUGGUGGGGAGAAAACCGUAUUUCCAAUCCCCGCCCUCUGGUCUUUCUGACAGGCCCCAGGCGGGCUUGGCGGCCCCCUUCCUCAGCUGCCAUGUGCCGUGGCUGCCGCUUCUCCAGCGGCCUCCGUUGCUGGUCUAAAUGCUCCUAGGGGCGUCCUGGCUGUGCUCCUCCAAGGCAGCCGCCGCUGAGAAGCGGGCAGCUGAGGAGAGGCGGAGGCGGCGGGCUGCUGCUGGAGCAGCGGGAGAGGGAGGAGGGGGCGGCGGCGGCGGCGGCGGCAACGGCGAGGGACCCCCAGCAACCGCCGCCGCCCGCGGAGGGGCCAUGGACGAGUCGUCGCUGUUGGACUUGCUGGAGUGCUCCGUGUGCCUGGAGCGCCUGGACACGACGGCCAAGGUGCUCCCGUGCCAGCACACUUUCUGCCGCCGCUGCCUGGAGAGCAUUGUCAGCUCCCGCCACGAGCUCCGCUGCCCAGAGUGCCGCAUCCUGGUGGGCUGCGGCGUGGACGAGCUGCCCGCCAAUAUCUUGCUCGUCCGCCUGCUAGACGGCAUUCGACAGAGACCCCGAACCGGGGCGGGAGGCGGCUGCUGCGGUGGCGGCAGUUGUGCUCCGGGCAGCCCCACAGCCCAGGGCAGCGCGGCCGCCACCAGUAGUGUGGACAAGUCCGCAGGAGGAGGAAGCAAUUCGGUCCCCGCUGCUAACCCUGGCUGUCACCCCGUGGCGGCGGCGGCUGCACCCACUGGCUCCCCUAGCAGUGCCGCCGCAGCUGUCUCAGCCGCCGCUAGCCUGAGGGAGCUAGCUGCCGCCAGCCGGAGUGCCCUGCUAAAGAAUUCCUCUCAACUUCCCUAUGGAAAAGCUCUCUAUGCUUACGAAGGGAAAGAACCAGGUGACCUCAAGUUUAACAAAGGAGACAUUAUUAUACUGCGACGAAAAGUAGAUGAGAAUUGGUAUCACGGGGAACUCAAUGGACAUCAUGGCUUUUUCCCAGCAAGCUAUAUCCAGUGUAUCAAGCCCCUUCCACCAGCUCCACCUCAGGGCAAAGCACUUUAUGAUUUUGAGAUAAAGGACAAGGAUCAGGACAAGGACUGCUUGACCUUCACCAAGGAUGAAAUUUUGACUGUCAUCAGGAGAGUAGAUGAUAAUUGGGCAGAAGGAAUGCUGGGAGAUAAGAUUGGAAUAUUUCCUAUUCUCUAUGUAGAGCUCAACGACUCAGCUAAACAGCUUAUUGAGAUGGACAAGACCAAUCUAGCUGCUGCAUCUGGCACUGAUGUCUCUUUGCCAGCUGACACUAACCUAGCAGUGAACACAGCCCAGUGCUGUACAUUGAACAGUGCCGGAGCAGUCAGUGCCAUUCAGAGGCAUAUUGAUGGCAAGAAGAAUGCCAAGAAGCGCCACUCCUUCACUGCUCUCAGUAUGACACACAAAUCUUCUCAGGCCAUGAAUAACAGGCAUUCCAUGGAGAUUAGUGCCCCAGUCCUGAUCAGCUCAAGUGACCCCCGUGCUGCUGCCAGAAUUGGAGAUGUGACUCAUCUCUCAUCCAGCACUCCAGUCCAGGAUUCUACUUUAGCUGGAUCAGCGACUAUGGCAGGACCCAGAACAAGUGCAAUCAUUGGCGAUCAGGGAACACCGUCAAAGGUCCAGCUACCCCUCAAUAUCUACUUAGCAUUAUAUGCAUACAAGCCCCAGAAGACUGAUGAACUGGAGCUACGCAAGGGUGAAAUGUAUCGUGUUAUUGAGAAGUGUCAAGAUGGUUGGUUCAAAGGCACAUCUCUGAAAAAUGGCAUGUCUGGAGUCUUUCCAGGCAACUAUGUAACUCCUGUUUCUAGGGUUCCCACAGGAGCUGGUCAGCCAAGGAAUUUGGCAGGAGGAUCUCCAACCGCAAAAGGCUCUCCGGGAACAAUUCACCCAGGAAGCCCAGCUCUUACAAACUCUGCUACUGUUAUCAGGCCAGCAGUUCCCACCACUGCCCCUCCCACUCAACCCCAGCUGCCAACAGCUUCGCCACAGAUGAGUAAUUGCUCAAGGCAUUCCUCUCAGCAAACAGCCAUCCAGCCUCGCAGUUCUGUACAAAUGGUUGUUCACCCUUCUAUGCAGGCACAGGAUCGGCCCACAGCUACUGUCUCACCAUUGAGAACCCAGAAUUCUCCAUCCCGCCUCCCAACUACUGUGGUCAGGCCACAUUCUGUGGUUUCUCCGCAACACAACCACCACUCUCCUGUACAUAUCAUCCCUGGAGCACAAUGUGCUAGACCUGUAAUUCCCCUCACGUCAGCAGCAGCAGCUAUUACUCCUCCCAAUAUAACUGCAGUCAACUUGAAUGGAGAAGCAGGAAAUGGGCCCAUCAGUAGCCUGGCAACUUGCAGCCCAACCAACACAGCCUGCAAAGCAGAAGAGAGGAAAAGCGAAAAGAAAGAAAAGAAAAGUGGGCUGCUGAAACUUCUAGCAGGAGCAUCAACAAAAAAGAAAUCCCGCUCCCCUCCAUCAGUGUCCCCAACACAUGACCCUCUGGCAGUAAUGGAAGGGAUGCUACAGGGUGCUAUGGGACCUGAAUUGACCUCCCUCUCUAGCCAUGGGAGGGCAGGCUCAUGCCCAAUUGAAAGUGAAAUGCAAGGAGCAAUGGAGAUGGAGCCUCUGCACAGAAAGACAGGCUCCUUGGAUUUGAAUUUUUCUAUUCCUUCUCCUGUAAGGCAGCUGCCACCUUCAAUGGCAGCCAUCCAUCCAGAGCCUAAGCCAUUGUCUCGAGAAAGGUAUCGUGUUGUGGUCCCAUAUCCCCCCCAAAGUGAAGCUGAGAUUGAACUGAAAGAAGGUGACAUCGUGUUUGUCCACAAGAAAAGGGAGGAUGGCUGGUACAAAGGGACCUUACAGAGGAAUGGCAGGUCAGGCCUCUUCCCUGGAAGCUUUGUGGAGAGCUUCUGAGGGCUUGUGUUCCAUGCUUUUUGGACUCGAAGGAUCUUUCAGAGGAAAUUCCACAGCACAAAAGAAGAAGAAAAAAGCAACAGCGAAGGGAAACUUUCCUCAUAUCCACUGCCAUAAUAAGAACUGUAAUUAUUCUUUCCAAAGACUCUGCGGGCUCUUUGAUAUUCAGCCCAGAAGACGAGGUCUCUUGCUCUGCUUUCAAACCCACAUACAGUAUGUUGGAGCAGCAGUGCCUUCUACUUGGAAUCAAAGACUGAGAGGACACACGUUUGGGUUGUAUCUAAGCUAAAAUCCAGCCACUACACUUUGUGUAAAUGAUAGAGAAAAUAUGUUUUAAAACAAAUUAAGAAACUUGUUAUAUUGCUGUAAUUUAUUUGUCUGAGCUGCAGUGUUCUUAUUACUGGCCUAUGCAAGAGGGACUGACUUUCAAGAGUACAAGGGGACUCUUGAACUUGUUUGUUUUCUCAGGUGGGAGUAACGAAGCUCAUGGAUGAAAAAGAACCCAAUGAAAUCCACACAUUGCUCAGCUAGACAGAAUUGGGAGUCCACAACAUCAUUCCUGAGACCUCAAAAUGUUCUGCUUAAGAAUACUAGUCAGAGCCUCUUCAUACACCACGCACCCAGAGAAAAAUCUUAAGUGAUGCUCCCAGCCUCAGGUGAGUCAUUCAUGUGCAUCUGCUGCCUUGCAUAGGAUUUACCUUUCAACAGUGGGAAAUAUGUUUUCCAUUCCAAGUGUUUCCCAACCCAUUCUGAAAGCCAAAUCCUAUGUGUGGCAAUGUAGAGAUCUACAAGCAAUGAGGGUGCCACAUGCAGGCUUUUUCUGUGGCCUCCACAUCUCCAAUAGUUAGGUUUAUUGUAAUCCCCCCCCUGUGCACCAGACAUUUCAUUUGGAGAGCCAACAAUUUGGACUGACCCUCAACAACUACGUUACAUUUUUGGAUAGCCAAUCCUUUUUUCUUUUCUUUCCCCCUUUUUUUUCCUGGCAGCAUUUUAAGUUUGAUUGUUACUUUAUUAUAUCAGUAUUUCAGAUAAGAGGGCUUUUAUACAAUAUACUUUUCUAAUGCAAGAAAUUUUAUACAUUGCAUAUUCUGUAUAGAUAAAGAAAUUCCUACUUUGCAAACAUAUGGCACUACAUUUUAUUUAAAAACCCAGUUAAAAAUAUUUGGUUUAACAUGUCAGAGAUAAAGUUGUUAUUUUUAUCAAAUAUGCAAAAGAAUUUCUUACAAAAUUCUCUACAUGGAUACACAAGACCUUGCACAAGUUACAUGCACAGGUGUGUUCUGGAGGCAUCUCAACCUCCCUCGCACAAGCUGGUUCCACAAGGAACAUUAAUUGCUCUGUCUGGAAGAGGAUGUCUGGAUUCUGGUCAACAACUGCUAUGGAUGAUGCCAAUCCCAAAAAAGUAAGAAACAGCAAACAGGCAAAGUGAUUGCAUUCAAUCCAAAGAAGUAUGAGCAGAAGGAAAACUGCUCCUAGUGGUAUUCAGCAAAUCCUUGUGGAAGAGAUCACAUAGCACUGAAUAGGUUGUUCUGUAGCAGUUCUCAUGCAUCCACUUGUGUGAGAACAUCUAUGGAUUUAGUUUCCCUUUUCUCAUAUAAGGGUAUAACAUGAGCUGUCAAACAGCUGUGCCGUGAGUGGAAGUCCCCUUCUGCAUGUGGAAGGGCACCUUUGGAUUCAACCCACUGUUCAUUUAUUGAAGGAAACUCUAUUGGUAAACAAAUACCUACAUACUCUUUUACCAACUGUUGAAUUAAAAGAUAUGACUAUAUGUAAGUUAUAUCAUUUACUGUAGCUAAUGUCAGGCUCCUGAAGAUCAAACCCUUUUACUGCUUGCUACAUGCAUCCAAAUUGGGGGGGGAUCUUAGGAGACACUGCUAAUAUACAAUGGCCUGUUCCUCACACACACAUAUCGUGUUGGAAGCCUCUUCAAAGCACAGUACUCUGUCUAGACCGUGAUAAUUACUGGAGAUUUGGGAGCUUUUCCAGGAGGAUUCAUUUUAAUUGACUUCUAUAUGGCAAUAAAAAGAACACUGCAGGUUCCUGCAAGCACAGAAUAUUGGAAUUUUUCUUUCUCCCUGUUUCUUAACAUCAGAGAGAAGAUGACUGUAAUUACCGCUAUCAAAAUGUGAUUUUACUGUAGAAAUGUAUACAGGCAUACCCCGCUUUAACGUUUGCAAUGGGAGAGUAUACUUUAAGCGAAAAUAAACUUUAAGUGAAGCAAUUGUCUUCACUUGUACUGCACGCAAUCACCACUAGAUGGCAGCGGCGUCAUGCCAAUAAAGUGUACGUUAUUGCGAAGCGCGCGAGUGUAUGGAGGAUGUAUGUUAUAGCGAGGCGACAUUAAGUGAAGCGACGUUAAGCAGGGUAUGCCUGUACUGUAGUUCUGAACACUGUUUAAUUUUCUAACCCGAGUCAAGCUACACAAUAAAAUGUUCUCAGGCCAUAGAAGCUUCCAGCUACCAGGAAUUUAAAGGUGCAAUAAACGGGAAGCAAGAAAAUAAACCUGUAAUAAGUCAGCUGGUGACAUCUGUUAACAUUUUUUAAAGAGGUGGAAAAUAUUUUUAGCUGUGUGUUUUGCUCAGCCUCAUUCAGGCAGUGUGUACUGAAGACAUCAGCCAAAAUCUUCCCAUUGUUGCAAUAUAUGACUUUGUCCUGCAUAAGUUAUGCUCUUCGCAUCAUAUAAUAGAGGCAGGAAUCAUUGGUCCUUGCAAGUGCAGGGUCAUUAUUUUUACUCUCUUAAUUUGAAUGUGUCCAAUCCUAAAACUUGCUGAAAUAGUAAUCAGGUACUUCGAUAUAUUAGACCUAUUUCUGAUUACACCAGCUCUGUGGGCAGAUAUUCAUGCAUAAAUACUUAGAACUGGGGUGCUGGCUAUAUACAAUGCUCAGUGAUGGAAAUACGCUUAUAAACUCUUCUAUUAUUUUGCAAAAAUGUAAGUAUACAUCUGCCUACUUAAGUACCCUAGGAGCAGAGCUUGGAAAAGUUACUUUUUUGAACUACAACUUCCAUCAGCCCAAUCCAGUGGCCAUGCUGGCUGGGGCUGAUGGGAGUUAUAGUUCAAAAAAGUAACUUUUCCAAGCUCUGCCUAGGAGUCUAUGUGAUACAAGGUUAAAAAGAUGAUGUGUGCAAGAAGUAAAAAUGAGUCAAACAAUAUUUCACUUGUCAUUCACAUGUUCUUUUUCAUCUUCUGUGUGAUCUCUGUGCAACUCCAUGCAAAGAAUAUAGCUCUAGCCAGAGCUGCAUCCUAGAGAGUGGAUAGUUAACCUUUUUUGGCCCAAGAAUUGCAUUCACAUUUGGCCAGUCAUCUGAAAGCCACACACCACUGGUGGAUGUGGCCACUCCACACUCUCACAGGUACGCACAGAGCCACACAGCCCCCCUUUCCUCAAGUGAUUUGUACAGUUCAGCUGAAGAGGGGAGAUUAUUACCACCUCCUCACUCAUCAAAUAAUUAAUGUGAUGACCAGACAGGGGAGCAAUUUACAUUCCCAUCAGGGGGCUGGGCUACAUUCUAUAUUAAACCUCUCCGCCACUCAACACUGUGUCAACUUUAAUUGUUUCUUUUUGCCACCACUGCCAAAAUCAGCGGGGUCUUGGGCAGGCCAGAUCAGGCCUCAAGGUUGGGGGUUAGUUACCCCUAUUCUAAAGUCAGGGAGCUAAUGCUCACUGUAGCCUUCCCAAAGCAUUCACUUUGGGCAGCACAUUCCAGGCACAGAGUGAUGCUCCUUCCAAUCUCUUAUCUCUUCUCAUCCUUGAAAAAAAUGGUAUGAUCAAGAAAGAGCUAAACACUUUUAAAUCUCGUUUUCAUUGGAAGAUGUUAAGUACAUGUUUAACUUUUCCAUCAAACUUAAAAAUAUUCAGGGUCAAACUGUGUAUUGCAUGCUAAAGCAUGUAAGAGUGCCAUGGUGCCUUUUUUAUUUAAAGAAGAAGCAAAGCUAGCUGUUUCAGGAGGGACAUUUAGAGGGAAGAAACAAGCAGAAUGUGUAACUUAUCAUCUACCUGCUGUUUCAUUCCCAAUGGCUCCUGGCCUACAGGAUUUGAACCAUGUAUUUGGAUGCAUUUUGGACCCGGUUGGAGACGAGCUGCUUGGGAGUGUGAUCUGGGGUGAAAAAACAAUGGGCAGGGCAAGGAAGGAAUAGAUGCUCCCUUCUCUACCAUGUCCUUGAUCUAAAUCCCACCCCCUCCUGAAAUAGCUUUGCUUUGUUUUGUUACAAAUGCACUAGAGUACUUUUGCAUACAUUAGCAGUUAACACAUAAAGUUUUCCUUAAUUUUAGCUAUAACAUGCCCUUGCCACUUUUGAUUUUAAGUGUGAGAAUACAUGGCUGACAUUGUAAAGUGCCAUUUUUCUCCUGGGCAAGGUCAGCCCUGUAGUCAGCCUUCCUUGUUAGGUGGGGCAGCCACAUUUCUAGGUGGGGCAUUUGGGGGAAGAGGUGCACAGCGCCAGCCAAUCUACACACACCCUCAUUGGUGGAGAGGAUUUGGGGUCCACACCAGGGGAAGAGAAAGGCAGUGACCUUCCUUAUCACUGCUCCUCCAUCCAGAGAGUGUGUUAACUUAUGUGAAUGAAGUUUAAUUUAUUGAAUUGUCUUACCCUUUUUUGAGAGAUGCCCCCAGGAACAGCAGACACAAAAGCUUGGCUGUGCCUAUAGUUACAGUCCCCUUUCACCUGUGGUCUGCUCUGAUUCUUCAUGAACUCAACUACUUUGGUAAAGACAGUGAGCUCCUGAGCUUGGCUUUGAUGCUGCAUUAAGUAUCUCAGUUUUAGCUUCCACCUGAAAAACAAACUCACCCAUACUACAAGUUUAGGGAUGAACAGAGAGCAAAUAAAUGCUAUAGGGUGAGUUUGUUAACGCCUCCUUGAGAGUCCCUCUUUCUAAUCUUGUUCCUGGGCUUUAGAUUUUCUUUCCUGUUGGACAUCAAGGGAAAAUUUUUUAACUGUCUGUUAUAUAAAGGAUGAACUAAGCAAUUGGAAACAUUGUGGAAAGCAAUUGGAUUUUUUUUACUGGUUGCUGCAUUGAUUUUUCUGUCCAGAAACCCUGAAAAGGUCUCAUGCUGAGCUGCACAUAUUGGGAAAAUCAGAAAUUAGGCCUGAGUUAGGAAAAUCAGAAAUUAGGCCUAGGUGUCCAGCUAGCUAACUGUAGUGUACACUGCAAUAUUUCUAUUACUCUAGGGCUGUUUUCAUAUUUUGUCAUCAAGUAAUCAAGAAAAUCAAGAAAAUAGCCACUAUGAUUGUGAGUAUAGUGAGUGCAUUAAAAGAGUAAAAGGUAUCCAUUUUUUCAGAUCACUUUAAGUUAUCUCUUUAUUUCACUCUUCAGGAAUAAGCACCCAAUCCUCCUCUACUCAUUAUAACAACUGCAGAAUAAACAAACUUAUUUCUUACUGCAGGCAAGCAAGCAUGGUUCUUUAUUGCAGGGUGGGUAGACAGUGCAUCUAGAACUGGAACAGAAAAGCACAGCAAAGGAAAGUCCAAGGGGUGGAGUCUAACUGUAGCAAAGUUCUAAUAUUUAACUCUUCAAAGGUCAUGUUAUAAUACAGGCUAUUUUUUUUUCUAGGAUCACUUAAGUUAUUAUAGGGUGGUCGUGAUCAUGAAAAUUCCACCCUUAGUCAGGGAAAGCCUUGAGUGAGCAGACGUUUGAGGGCUCUUCCAGUAGAGGCUUUUGUUGUGCACUUGCCCUGGUUUAUUCACUGAAUUUUUCAGAGGGUCCUAUUUUUAAAUUGCUCCUGUUCUUAAAACAAGCUAUCAUCCUUUAAAUUGAGGUUGUCAUGGUCUGUCAUGUCACAAAUUAAAAAGGCAAUUUCCAAAAAAAAAUCCUGGGGUGGGUGAAGCACAGCUCUAGGGGGGACAGUGCCCUCAUUUGCUCCCCCCUUGGCUACAGGCCUUGGGGAGGUAAAUGGGAGGUGGAAGUCAGAUCUUCCUCCAGCUGGGAACCUGACAUCAUGGGGUCUUUUGUUCAUUAGCUCCUGUGUUUGGUAUUGAACAAGAUGCAAGAGGAGGGGAAGAGGAAGGAGAUCUACUUUGUUUUGGAAUUCUUGCAUCUAAUUGUUUGGACAAAAUCAGUGUUGGUUCUUCCAUAGUUUGAACAAGGAAACAUUUCUCUGACAAGUAAACAAUGGUUAAAAAUGGUACAUUUUAAAAAAUAAAAAUAAAACCCAAACAGCUUAGUUCAGCACUUAAUUAUUUUCUUGAUACUGAUGGCUGUCUAUGAUGGAUCAAAAAUGGUGAUUGUUUGCCAUAGUUGUGACAGCCACUGCUCUCUUUCUUACCUUGUGGCAAUGGAGUUUACACAAAGGUGUUGGAUAUAAGAGGUGUGCACUACAUAUGGUGACAGAGGCCAGGAAUUCAAACAGAGGAGUGUCAAAAGCAAUUUAUUGGGGGUAGAUUGCUGUUCAAAGAAAAACAGCCCAAAUCCUACUAGGCACACAGAAGCCCUUGUGUGCACUUAAAUAGCUUGUUUGAUAAGCAAGGGCAGAGCUUAUCUAGAAUUGGUUUCUUUGCUGCAUUCAAAAUAUAUAGCAGCAAACAAUCUUAAUUCUUGCAUGGUUUAUUCAGCAAGCCAUUUGAAGCUGCAUUCACACAACAGCAGCUCCAAGGGAUGAUCACCCUUUCGCCUGUGUUGUUUGCCCAAAAGUUGUUGCGCAUCUCUGUAAGCAGGUGUUAAUCCAGAAUCCAUGAACCCCAUUAGGACAAAAUAUAAAACACAACAGCCAAUAAUUUACAAAUCUAUCUCUUCUGAAUUCAGUAUUUAAAGGGUUUUGCUGCCACAUCCCUCCCUCCCCCAGCAUUUGAUGCUUAAAGACCUAUCAAUUUCAUUUGGGGAUAAAGAUUCUUUGUAGGCUUGAUGUUCUGAAAACAUUUGCUCCUAGAUUUUAGUUUUCAUUCAUCUUGGUAGCUUGGAGUAGUAGAUUGGUUCCAUGGAUGUAGCACAAAUACAGAAUGCAAAGACAAGGCAGGGACUCCAGAUAGCGAUCUCUGAGUCAUACAGGACUGCAUGGAAAUGAAUUAACUCCUACAGUGGUCCAUGUUGAUAAACUGAAUUCAAAGGACAGAAAGCAUGGGGAGAGGGGAGUAUGUGAGUGCAUAUGUGCAUUUCCUAAGUCAGAAAACUGCAAGCAAAUUGUCCUGGCAGCCUUGUUUUGUAAAAUGCCAGAUAUAUUGUACCAGAAAAGGUUUCUGCUAACUGAACAAGCCCUUUGUACUUUGCACAUUCGAACAAAAGGUUUUUGUUACACAUGGAUGAUAACAUAUAAUUUAGAAAAUAUCAAUGGUUAUU